GCCUCACGCCCCCGCCUCGCGCCUGCCAUGAAGCACAUCCCGGUCCUCGAGGACGGGCCGUGGAAGACCGUGUGCGUGAAAGAGCUGAACGGCCUCAAGAAGCUCAAGCGGAAAGGCAAGGAGCCGGCGCGGCGCGCGAACGGCUAUAAAACUUUCCGAUUGGACUUGGAAGCGCCGGAGCCCGGCGCCGCCGCCGCCAACACCAACGGGUUACGGGACAGGACCCAGCGGCUGCAGCCGGUCGCGAUCCCGGCCCCGGUGCCGGCUCGGGUGGCGCCUGCCGUUCCCCCAGGUGGCGGCGCGGACCCCGCCGGGGAGCUCCGGGGAGCCCGAGCGCCCGAGGUCUCAGACGCGCGGAAACGCAGUUUCGCCCUAGGCGCGGUGGGACACAGACUUCCCACGCCCCCGCCGCCAGCGCCCCAGGGCUCGGCCCCCGAGGCACAGCCUUUCCGCGAGCCGUGUCUGCGUCCCCGCAUCUUGCUGUGCGCCCCGCCCGCGCGCCCCACGCUGCCCGCUCCGGCCGCGCCCCCAGAGCCCGGAGAGUCUUCCGUGCGCUCUGCGCCCCCCACGCGCCCGGGGGAAAGUUCCUACUCGUCAAUUUCACACGUAAUUUACAAUAACCACCAGGAUUCUUCCGCGUCGCCUAGGAAACGGCCAGGCGAGGCGACCGCCGCCUCCUCGGAGAUCAAAGCGCUGCAGCAGACCCGGAGGCUCCUGGCGAACGCCAGGGAGCGGACGCGGGUGCACACCAUCAGCGCAGCCUUCGAGGCGCUCAGGAAGCAGGUGCCAUGUUACUCCUACGGGCAGAAGCUGUCCAAACUGGCCAUCCUGAGGAUCGCCUGUAACUACAUCCUGUCCCUGGCGCGGCUGGCUGACCUGGACUACAGUGCCGACCACAGCAACCUCAGCUUCUCCGAGUGUGUGCAGCGCUGCACCCGCACCCUGCAGGCCGAGGGGCGUGCCAAGAAGCGCAAGGAGUGACUGGCCGUGGGCUAGAGCCAGGAUGCUGCUGUGAGCCUCUUCUCCAUUCAGCCUGAGAAAGCUGAGUUUGCCAAGCCAGCCUUGUUCGCUUUCUUCUCCAAGAAGCUACCGGAUGCUCAGCCCACCCACCACCUCUCAGGAUCAUGCAGGACCAGGAUAGGUGGGGAGGGGGGCGGCCUUCCUCCUCCUCACCCUCCCACCUGCCUCCGCCGAUCCACAGUUACUUUGCACCUUGCCCUCGGCCUGGAAGAGCGAGAGCGCAGCUGCAGAAGUUCAUUUGCCAAAGAUUCCACAGAGAUGCUGGACAAGGCAGGGAGAUAAAAACCCAACAGCAAAAAGCCACCGUUGCUGAGUCCCACUUCAAGCCAAAGAUGAGUCAGCACUUCUGCUAAGAACUCAUGCAAGGGAUGGACAUGUGGCGACCUUUGGAAGCACUUGAGCCUCUGAGCCAGUGUUCUGUUCACACUGGGCCCUGAGCUGGCUGGACGAAGAUCAUUCUUGUAGGACCCAGGAGAGGGAGGCUGGGUACCUGGGAGGGGUGGAGAUGAGGCAGGAGAUUUCUGUCCAGCCUACUAGCUACCCAGGCCUCUAACCCUGAUUCUCAGUGCUCUGAGGACCCCAGCUCUUUCUGGGACCCUGAGGCUCCUGAGAGAGGAGGGAAGAGGGGAAAGAAACAAUACUGCUCAGUCCCCCACCCAGGCCAUGCCCCGGAGCAUCCUCCAGAGGGUUUUUGCUCCCAGAGCCUGCCCCACCAGCUGCCCCCUAAAGCUGACAGACAAAUGGCACCCUGAUGGAGGUCAGUGGCCUGUGGCAGGCAGGACAGGAGGGCAGCAGCAGGAAGGGACCAGGAGAAUGGGCCAGUAUGUAGGGGACAGGGCACAUUCAAAGCCAAGGUCUGUUCCUUCCUUGUGCUCAAAAGGCCAAAGCUGUUCACAUUUGUGCCCAACCAUGUGCUUCAAAUUGAAGUAAAAGCUCCAACGUGUAAGACAA